AUGUUAUAGAAACGAUCUGGACGCCGUAUAUAAAGCGUGUGGACAAGUGUACAAUGUAGCUCGUCCAGAUCAACUCUCAUCAGUGCUCGGCAAACCUUCCAUCGAGACAGACGAUUGCGGUACGAGUAAUUCCUCCAUCAAGUAGUCAAGGACACAGCGAUAAUGAGACUUAACACUAUCGUACCGAAUUUUAAAGCCGAUACCACGCAAGGUCCCAUCGACUUUUACGAAUGGCAAGGCAAUUCAUGGGUGGUCCUAUUCUCCCAUCCUGCGGACUUUACUCCUGUGUGUACCACAGAACUGGGUCGCAUCGCGGUACAUCAGCCGUAUUUCGAAAAGCGCAACACUAAGAUGCUAGCUCAUUCCGUUGACAAACUCAAGGACCAUGUAGACUGGGUCAAUGACAUUAAGUCGUACUGCAAGGACAUCCCUGGCGCUUUCCCAUAUCCCAUAAUUGCCGAUCCUGACCGUAAGCUCGCCGUUCAGCUAGACAUGAUCGACGAACAGAGCAAGAACGAUCCAAAAACCGCUGAAACUGUUCGGUCUCUGUAUAUUAUCAGCCCGGAUCAUCGACUACGACUUUCCAUGCAGUAUCCAACCUCGACCGGACGCAACGUCGACGAAAUAUUGCGUGUGAUCGAUUCGCUGCAGCUCGUCGACAGAAGGCCGGAGAUUGCAACUCCCGCCAAUUGGGUGCCUGGUGAGAAAGUAAUGAUCCUGCCAACAGUGAAGGAGGAGGAUAUUCCGAAACUCUUCCCAGGAGGAGUCGAUCGUGUAUCUAUGCCAUCCGGAAAGGUCUACGUCCGCACUACCACUAAUUACUAAUUGUGAAAACAUUUUGUUUACGCUAUAUGUUAAUUUCUACUUGCUUCAAUCAGAAUUUCCGAGUAGCUUUAAUCCAGCACAUUGAAAUCUCAAUGCGAGAUUUGAAGAAAAAUUGUAACGGCAAAGUUUUUUUCUAAUAAAAAUUGCACUCGAUA